GUAUGGUUUAAAAACCGCCGGGCCAAGUGCCGGCAACAGCAGCAGCAGCAGCAGAACGGGGGCCAGAAUAAGGUACGGCCAGCUAAAAAGAAGAAUUCACCGGCCCGGGAAGUGAGUUCGGAAAGCGGGACCAGUGGGCAGUUCACUCCCCCCUCCAGCACCUCAGUCCCCACCAUUUCCAGCAGCAGUGCCCCCGUAUCCAUCUGGAGCCCGGCGUCCAUCUCCCCGCUCUCAGACCCCCUGUCCACCUCUUCCUCCUGCAUGCAGAGAUCCUAUCCUAUGACCUACACCCAGGCAUCAGGCUACAGCCAAGGAUAUGCUGGCUCAACCUCUUAUUUCGGAGGGAUGGACUGUGGAUCUUACUUGACCCCUAUGCACCACCAGCUUCCCGGACCGGGGGCCACCCUGAGUCCCAUGGGUGCCAACGCGGUCACCAGUCACCUCAACCAGUCUCCAGCCUCCCUCUCCACCCAGGGCUAUGGGGCCUCCAGUUUGGGCUUUAACUCCACCACCGAUUGCUUGGAUUAUAAAGACCAAACCGCCUCCUGGAAGUUAAACUUCAAUGCUGACUGCUUGGAUUAUAAGGACCAGACAUCGUCAUGGAAGUUCCAGGUUUUGUGAAGAACCUUUGUGAUAACGAGAGAAAUCGCGAUGAGAACGAACAGGCUGGGCUGAACGCUCCAGUUUUAGUCAGGUCUUGGUUAAAUUAAAGAGAAAAAGAACUCAACGGACAAACAAACGAACAAAAAAACCGACGGCGACAAGAGGGGGACAGUGUUGGUGUGAUCCCGUUCAGACUCAUCUCCUGCUCAGACGCUCUGGAAAAGGAAUAAUAAAGAGGAAAAACGGAGGAGGAAGGCCUUAAACGGACAGAUCAUCUAGUGAGCAGAAAACAGACAGACCCAUCUGUGUUCUUUCUAGUUUUAGGCAAUUGUUGGGUUUCUUUGUUUGGAAGAGGUGGGAGAGCGUCCCACCUACGGGCCAGUUUUAAAAAAAAAAAAAAAAAAAAAGAAACAGGACUUUGGUAAAAAAAAAAAAGUCUAGGUUUUUAUUUCUUUUUUUUUUGUGUGUGCGUGGAAAGAUCCUUCACCCAGAGGUUUCCAAUGUGUUAGCUAACCCUCGGUUAAAAUAUUCGGAAUGGACAACAUCUCUCUUUCGCUCCCUCUUUUUCUCCCUCCCUCUUUCUUUCUCUCUCGCUCCCGAGCUCAUCCAACUGUUUCAUGCCCAACUUGCUCAAGUUGGCACCCGGAGAACUUGGUUCAGGGCUGUGUGGGUUGUGUGACUGAUUGUCCUAGCUGCACUACUUUAUUUAAAGAUUAAAAAAAAAAAAGAGCAGAUCACUUGGAGUCAAUAUGUAGUUUUUAAGAGACAAUCAGUGUGUGUCUUAUAUAAAUGGUACAUCUGUGGUUUUUAAUCUGUGCUAGACUUCAAAACUGUGAUCUCCUGUAUUGUAUGCAACUAUGAACUCUGCACCAGCGGGAGUUCUGCUGUGAUUUAAAUAGGUUAUAAUUAUAAGUGAAAUUCAGAGCAACUGAGUUACCUAUUAUCAUCUUUUUAAAAAUAAUUACAAAAUAUAUAUU